AUGACAUCUCCCGACGAAGCGCCUUCAUCAUCGCCUCCUCCUGCUACUCCGACUGCGGUGCCAGAUGGCGGACUCAACGCUUGGCUCCAGAUCCUUGGCGGAUGGGUGGUGAUGGCGGCGACUUGGGGCCUCAUCAAUGCCUUCGGCGCAUUCCAGACGUACUACCAGACGGUGAUGCUCACGUCGGAGUCGGCGUCGACCAUUUCUUGGAUCGGAUCUCUGCAAGCAUGUCUCUUGUUCCUUGGAGGAUUCGUUGCAGGACCGCUGUUUGACGCCGGAUACGUUACGUCGCCACUGAUCGGAGGACUGCUUUUGAUAUGCUUCGGGAUGUUCAUGACGUCUCUAUGUACAACGUACUGGCAGGUUCUGCUUGCGCAGGGAGUCUGCGUCGGCAUCGGGAUGGGCUUGACGUUUCUACCCUCCACGGCCAUCCAGUCGCAAUAUUUCCUGAAGCGACGAGCGUUCGCCAUGGGCGUUGCCGGAACGGGCUCUCCAGUUGGCGGCAUCAUCUUUCCAAUCAUCUUCAGCCAUUUGCUUCCCAAGAUUGGCUUUGGGUGGACGACUCGAGUCAUUGCAUUCAUCAUCUUGGGGCUUUGUGUCAUACCGGUUGUGUUCAUGCGCCCCCGUGUGUCGACCUCGGGUCGCAUCCGCUCUCUAGUUGAUAACUCGGCUUGGAGGGAUCUGUCGUUUAUGAGCUUCGUCGUCGGCAGCGUUUUGAACUUUCUCGUCCUUUACACCGCAUUCUUCUAUCUGCAAGUCUAUGACGAGCUCAACCAUCUGUCGAGCUUGGAUUUUGCACCAUACACGGUCACGUUGCUCAACUUUGGAAGCAUAUUUGGUCGGCUUUUGCCCAUGUACCUCAGCGACAAGUACGGAGUGCUCAACGUCAUGAUCUUUUCCACCUUUGCCUCUGGAAUCCUGGCCUUUGGCUGGAUGGGCAUCAAGAACCUAGGCGGCAUCGUUGUAUUUGCCAUUCUCUAUGGAAUCACUUCCGGGGCAACAGUUACUGGGACGCCGGUUGUCAUCAUGACCCAGACCGCAGAUAUAUCACGAGUCGGCACUCGCUUGGGAAUGGCCUUUGUGUUUUUCGGAGUAGCAAUUCUUGUCGGGACGCCUAUCGCAGGGGCCAUCUUUGGGGAUUUUACACAUACUCGCUGGCUGGGUGGUAUUGGCUAUUCGGCUGGUGGGCUCAUAUUGGGCACGGCCUUUAUGUGUGUGGCCUGGUUCCCUUUGAGAGAGCGGAAAGGGACUUGGAAAAUUUAG